AAGUAGAGAUAAAUGGAUUUUUGUUUAAAGCAUUUUCACACCAGGGGAGAGAUUUGUUUGAGUACUUUGCAUCAAAUAUAACUCCAACAAGGAGAGAAUUGUUGGGAAAAGGUUUGUGUGAAGGAACUUCUCCCUCCUGCAAGGUGACAGAGGUGACAUCUGAUGUCAAAGCUUUCGAUGUUCUGGACAGUUUGUUUGUAACUCUGACAGGCCAUAUGGAUUUGGAGCUUUGCUGUUCUGCACAGAUUGCUGUGGCACCUUUCCAGAGCUGCAGUCCUUAUUCUUGCUUAGCCCCAAUGUGUGGGAAUCAAGUUAAUCUCUCCAGUGCUUUGUCCCUUGGCGUCACAACAGUGCGUAAUUCACGCGUGGCAUUGCCUAAAUUCAGUACCUGGGUCUUAGGUGUAAUGUUGGUAGUGUCCUGGCUGAACCUUUGUGCUGGUUUCUGUCAGUAAGAGACACAAACUGGUAGUUCCUGAUAGAACAUGAGUGCACAAGUUUGCAAUUCUUGCUGACCUGUAGCACCCCAAAAUACAGAUUGCCAUGAAGUCCUCUGCAGGUGGAGUUCUGAUUUGCUCUUCCCUACAUCCUCCCUUCCUAAUGUCACUUCCAGCAUCUCAUUACUCCAGACCCAAGGCUGAGCCAGACCCUGGGGAGUCUUCCCUGAUGAAAACACACAAGGUCAAAUUUAAAAAUAAAAACAACUGCAUAAAACCAAUACAAACCAAACACUUUCAGUUCAGGCAGCUUAGUGACCAGAGGAUGCUCUGCUUAAACAAUUAGGCUCCUUAUCCCAUCAGCAUGUCUGAUGGAACAGGCGAACUGCUUAAGCUACGAUUAUCUUAAAGCUGUCCAAGUCAGCUGCUUGUCUGACACUGCAAGAAUUUAAAAAGCUGAGCAGUAGAUAAGGAGACUGCAAAGCAGCAGCCCUGUUCUCCCUGCCCUGCGAGGAGAGAGCUCCAUGAGUUCAUCUGACGGUAAGGACAGCUUCACAUUGCUAAUGAACAUAGGGCUUGAAAAUGCCAGGGGAGAAUCUGCCUUUAGGUAUGUUCUGUGUAUUUGUUCUUGUCUACCAACAGCUGCGUUAAAAUGUUUUAAUAGCUUUAGUGAGGAAGUUGUUGAAGCCACAGAUGGGGAGGAAUGUUUAAAAUCUCAACUCAUAAAAUACAUGGACACAGGGUAUUAACUGAAAAAGUAUGUCUUCAGACUUGAUUCCCAUUUUUCUGAGUAUAAUAUUUCCCACUGUUUUUAAGUUGUAGAAACAGUAUAGCCCAGAAGAAGAGAGAGGUUGGCUGUGAGUUUCCAAGAUUAGUUUCUAUCGUAUUCCUCCCCUGGUCCUGGUGCAGUUGUUUCUCCUGCUGUUUAGGCACAUCCUCUCCCUGAUGUGAGCUGGUUCAUGCACUGGCUGGUGUCUGCAAUGUGAAAGUGGGCAGAGCUUGUGUGGAGAACAUGAGGUCAGAGCCCUUGUAGGAAUUCCCUUCUGGUGGGAGUGGGUAUUUAUGACUGACCCUCUUUUAUCCUUUUCUAGUAGCAUUUUUAUCGUGAUUGCUCCUGCCCCAAAGUACUUCUUGUUUUCUAAACUGUAGUUUUGGGAAUUAACACUUGCGUGAGCCUCUCUUAAAACACAGUAUUUAUGCAGUGAAAUACAGCAAGGUACAGUGCCAUCAUCUCCUCAUAUUUUCUUCAUUGUGGCUUCAGACACACUCACUACCCAUCAGCAUCCCUUAAAGUAUAAUUUGAACCUGAGUGGAGCCAUUCUGGAUGACAGAUGCUGAGACACUGCUUUCCUUGGAGUUUGGGAGGAGCCAAUUUACAGCCCAAGUUGCAGGGGAAAUCAGUCCCCCUUGCAUGCAGGAGCUGCUCAAGGAGUAACAGAAAGUUGAGGGAAGGUGGCUUUGCUUACAGAUGUUUUCAGGCGUCACCUUUGUCAUUGCUGACGUGGAUUGUCCCUUAGGCUGAGCCCUCUUAAUCUGAGCAGAUGGGCUGGCUCCAUGUGGGAUCCCAACACGUUGCCUGUGCUGCAUGUUAGUGGCAGGACAUGUGCAGGAGCACAAAGCUCGUUAGAGGCUCUGCUUGUGCAGAGAUAUUAAAGGCUCCUGACAUAAACAGGCAAAGUGACAGCCCUGUUGUCAUUCUGGUACAACCAACAGAGUUGCACUGAGUGAUUGUGCACGUUGAUUGUGGCAAUCUCUGCGGCCUGGAAGCUCUUUAUGAGUCCUUUCAACACAGGAAACUAUCCUGAACCCCAUCUCCCAUUACAGACUCUUAUUUUUGCUUUAAACGGGCAGCUCUGUCAUCCUUGUGUAUAUUCUUCAGCAUAUUUCCUCUUAGUGGAGUGUUUAUUCUUGUUGUCAUAGAAGCUGUUUGUUUUUAAAGGAAAAAAAAAUAAUUGGGAAAAGCACUUAGGGAUGUCACAUACAUAUUUACUGUGUGAUCUGAAGAUGAGUGCUGAGGACUUUGGGAUGAGCAGGCACAUGCUGCCAGCACCAAAACUUGGUGGAAGACUGGCUACCAGCUCCUAACAGUUUAUAAUCUGUUAAAGAAGUGAUUUUACACACUGUCAUCACUGUGAAGCUGAAAACUCAAGGCUUCAUGCAGCAAGUAAUGGCUUUUUAGUAAAUUGAGACAUUCAUAGAGAUCUGAUGGCUACACUUGCAGUAAUAUUUUCCCUGACAGCAUUCCCAAUUCACCAACAAUUUUUCUCUCCCCUGCAAUUCCUGAUCUAAAACCAUCACCACAGUUAAAAUGAAUGCAUGGUUCCUAAAAGCUGAUCUUAAAAGUGGCUUGUUUGACAUGCUUCAAAUUCCCAAGCUUGCCUAAUGCCUCCUUGUCUGGCUCCCAGUAAGCUGCUGCAGUGCCCAAAGGGAUGCCCUCACCCCAGCUCCCUCGGGAUGCUCCAUGUGAUGGCUUAGCAGCACGAGGCCAUGUGCAUGAGCUCUGUCACCACAGGUUGUACAGACAGGGGAGACCUGCAAGGUGACCUCCUUGGCUGUGCUUUUUCCCUCUGUAACUGGAAAAAGUGCUCAGUCCUUCCCCAGCUUGGGGAAGGGAUCAUGCAAUGGCACCAGAGGGAGAAGGAGAGACAGGAGGGAUAGGAAGCAGUAAGGCAAGCAUGGAGGAGAAAAAUACUCAGAGUCUCUGCCAAAGCAAGCCAUAAGCAUGGUCAAGUCUGGCUGGGUCAAGCUGAGAAUAGCAAAGCAGCAAGAAAUCAGGCAGCAGCAAUGAACUACCUGGAUGAAAUUCCCUUCCGGACGGCCAUGAGCCUCAAUGGGGGCUCAGAGGAAGAAAUCACUUUAGUCACUGGCCCAGACAUUGAGCUCCCUGACUGCACCGACAUCCUCAUGAGCACCAUGCACGACUUCUCGCUGGAAAGGAAAGUGCUGUACUGGGUGGAGGUGGCUUCUCAGCAGCAAACCUCCCGCCAUCGAGUCACCUCCGAAGUCGUCCCCACAGCUCCCCCGUGCUGGCUGCUGCUGGUGGACCCUGCCGACAGCUACGGAGGGCGGGGUCGGGACGGGGCGGUGCGGCGCUCCAUCAGCCUGAGCGCUGCCGACAGCUCCUACGGGCACGCCAAGGGCAGGGCGGUCCUGUCCGACACCGGGAGCGACACCUGGCACUCAGAGGAGGGUGAGUACUCGGAUGAUGAGUACUCCUCAACAUCUUGGGAAGAGAAUGACAAGGAUGAAACGCUCCUCUCCAGGAGGAGAAGCUCUGCGAGAAGUGUGUCUUCACGCCACGGCUUUUACCAGACCCGACCAAAGACAUCACCCGGCUUGCUGGAGCCCUCACCAGAGAACAAUGUCCAUAGCCCAGCCAGCCCAGACCCCAGCAAGCAGAGAAGAUCCAUGGUGAUAUUUAACAACAUGAAGAAUGAGCUGGAAGCCGCCAGGAGGAAGCUGGCUGCUUUGGUGCAUCCUUUGAACAGAGCUGCCACAGGGAGCAGAGUGAUCCCGGUGCCACGGCUGCUCCCCCAGUGCCCCGGCACCAACCGCAGCGUCAAAUACGGGCCAGAUCUGGACGUGUCCCAGCAGGGGACAAUUGGACCAACUCCUCCGGCCACAGCCACACCAAUCCCUCCCAUCAAACAGCACAAGCCCACGGUACCGUCCCUCAGCCCCUACACUUGCCUCCCCCCUACCUCCACGCCUGGACGACCUCUCAGCUGCCACAGAUCCCAGCCAGAUUCCUCGGCUGACCUGCUCUCUGCACUAAGCCAAGAAGAGCGAGACCUCAUCGAGCCUGUCAUAGCCCUGGGCUACCCCACCCAGAAAGCCAUCCUCACCCUCCAGAAGACAGGAAGGCAAAGCUUAAGUCAGUUCCUGAGCUAUCUGGGUGCUUGUGAUCGGCUGCUGAAGCAGGGCUAUGAGGAAGGGCAGGUGGAGGAAGCCAUGGAAAUGUUCCAGUACUCAGAGAAAAAGGCAGCUGAAUUCUUGCAUCUGUUGGCUCAGUUUAAUGAUAUGGGCUUCCAGCAAAAUGAAGUCAAAGAAGUUCUUUUGCUUUGUGGGAAUCAGAGAGAGAGGGCACUGGAAGAGCUUGUGAUGAAAACCCACUGAGCAGCAU